UAAACCUCCCACCCGCCAAACGCCGAAAACGAAGUCUCACACAAAAAAAUGGCAGCCCCCUCGAAGCUCUUGUGCUACAGAGGAACCACCACUUCUCCCUCUCUCUCCAAAACUCUCUCUCUCCUCUCUUCCCCAUUUCCAAUUCCCACAUAUUUCUCUCGCAGUCUCCGCACUCCUUCCCUUUCUCUCCACACUUCUCUUCACACUCUUCCUCGCUUCGUUUCCCGCCUCCCUGCCAACAAAUUCAAGAUCUCCUCCACAGCAGAUGACCAACAACAACAAGAAGGCGAUGGCGAAGAGGAGGAGGAGCUCGUUGACGAGUCCGACGGCGGCGGUGGCGAGUUAUUGACGGCCGACGUCGAUGACCUGGAAGAAGACGCUCGAUACUUAGUUGAAGAGUUCUCUUCGUCUUUGUCCACCCAACUCAGAAUUGAAGAUGACAAAGAUGACCAAGAAAAAGUUGGUCGAAAGCAGAGGAAUCAGAAAAGUUCAGUUAAAACUAUCCCUGACCAUCUUCUUCCAAGGGUUGCAAUUGUUGGAAGACCGAAUGUUGGCAAAUCAGCAUUAUUUAAUCGUCUUGUCUCGGGGAACAAGGCAAUUGUAGUGGAUGAGCCAGGGGUUACUAGGGAUCGCCUGUAUGGUAGAUCCUUUUGGGGUGACCAUGAAUUUAUGGUGGUGGAUACUGGUGGUGUACUUACAGUUUCAAAGUCCCAGGCUAAUGUCAUGGAAGAAUUAGCUAUUUCAACAACCAUUGGUAUGGAUGGAAUCCCACUUGCCUCAAGGGAGGCAGCUGUUGCUAGGAUGCCCUCAAUGAUAGAGAAACAAGCUACUGCAGCUGUUGAAGAAUCAUCUGUCAUUAUAUUCCUCGUUGAUGGCCAGGCAGGUCUAACUGCAGCAGAUGAGGAAAUUUCAGAUUGGCUACGUAAAAACUUCUCAGAUAAGUACAUCAUUCUUGCAGUUAACAAGUGUGAAUCUCCACGUAAAGGGAUCAUGCAAGCAUCAGAAUUUUGGUCAUUGGGGUUUUCACCACUUCCUAUAUCUGCUAUAUCUGGAACUGGAACUGGAGAGCUUCUUGAUCUUGUGUGUUCAGGGCUGAAAAAGAAUGAGGACCCGGAGGAUUUUGCUGAACAGGAAGAGUAUGUUCCUGCAAUUGCAAUUGUUGGCCGACCAAAUGUUGGUAAAAGUAGCAUUUUGAAUGCAUUGGUUCGAGAGGACAGGACAAUUGUUAGCCCAGUCAGUGGAACAACCCGUGAUGCUAUUGAUAUGGAAUUUACUGGACCAGAUGGACAGAAAUUCAAACUAAUUGAUACUGCUGGAAUCAGAAGAAGAGCCGUCGUUGCUUCAUCAGGUAGCAUGACAGAGGCUUUAUCAGUAAAUCGAGCAUUUCGUGCCAUUCGUCGUUCUGAUGUUGUGGCUCUUGUCAUUGAGGCCCUGGCUUGUAUCACAGAACAGGAUUGCAAGAUUGCUGAGAGGAUAGAAAGAGAAGGCAAAGGUUGCCUGAUAGUUGUAAACAAAUGGGAUACCGUACCAAAUAAAAACCAGCAGACUGCAACAUACUAUGAGCAGGAUGUCAGGGAGAAGCUUCGUAUCCUUGGUUGGGCACCUAUUGUAUAUUCAACUGCAAUAGCUGGUCAGAGUGUUGAUAAGAUUAUUGAUGCUGCUAGCACAGUUGAGAAAGAAAGAUCACGAAGGCUUAGUACUUCUGUAGUAAACCAAGUGGUCCAGGAAGCACUAGCUUUUAAAUCACCACCGAGGACACGAGGUGGCAAAAGAGGCCGCAUUUAUUACUGCACUCAGGCAGCUAUAAGGCCGCCAACAUUUGUGUUCUUUGUCAAUGAUUCAAAACUUUUCCCCGAGACAUACCGGCGUUAUAUGGAGAAGCAACUCCGUUCAGAUGCUGGGUUUUUAGGCACUCCAAUUAGGCUUCUAUGGUCUAACAGGAGAAAAACAGAAAAAGAGGAAGGAAGAGCUGCAAUGCGAGCACAGGCAAAUCUUGUGCCAAGUGACCGAAAAUUGGAGUUAGCUACAUGAAGCAUUUGUCAUAUCAUCUCAUAACCAGCAAGGGAUUUGUUUUGGAAAGGCUUUGUCCACAGGGGAAACUAGUUAAUAUCAGAUGCCGAAGUAAACUUGCAAUGUGGUUGAUGUAAAACUGUUCUCCAGUUCAUGCUUCGGACUUGGUAGUAGGAAGAAUUUUGGAUGCAACCAACCCAUCCUACGGAAAAGGACUGUAAUUUCAUGUAUGUACCCAAGUUUUGAUGGCUUGGACCUGUAAGUUAGGCCUUUGAAUUGUAAUUUGAAAUCAAUGUAAAUAACAAAUAUGAUACGAAGAUCCAGACGUAGAGGAUGUCAUCGAUGAUCA